AUGUCCCUCUGGACAAUCAGCCUCGUCACACAGAUCCUGUGUCUGGCGCUGGUAACGGGAUUUGUAGCGCUACGGGGAGUUGUAGCGUGGAGGUUAAAGAAGGGGGUGGAUGUUGAGGAUGAUAUAUUCAACAACGGCACCCAACCGCCCUCAACCUUCACUCCAUCACAAACAACCAUCGUGUACAAGUUAUUUUAUACGUUGACAAUAAUCUACGUCCCAAUGACCCUCCUCGCCAAACUAACCCUCCUCACCAUCCUCGCCCGACUCUUCAUCCUCCGCCGAUCCCAAACCCUAACCGUCUAUCUCACCAUAACCCUCACAACAAUCUACUACAUCACCAUCUUCUUUAUCAAGAUUUUCAUCUGCGACCCGGUUUCCACAUUCUGGACGUCGCCCAACAACCCGCAUAACCCUAAUUGUCUCUCCGAGGGGGCGGUGUUUCUCGCUGAUGCGGUGAUGAGCGUUAUCACAGACCUGGCUAUCCUACUACUGCCCAUCGGGUUGAUGUUCCCGCUACGACUAGGCGUGGUGAAGAAGGUGAAGGUGGGGGCUAUGUUGGGAUGUGGCGGGUUGGCUGUGGGAUUUAGUAUUUAUAGGCUUGUGCUUGUGGUGGACGUGGGGGUGCGGGGAUUGGGGAAUAGUCAGGUAUACGCUAGAAUACUGUUGUCGGGGAACGCGGAAGGAGGCUUCGGGCUCAUUUGUAGCUGUAUACCCGCGCUGCAUAUCCUCGUGUCGAGGGUGAAGGCGAAGAUGAGGAAGGGGUCAAGGUCUUCUGCUAUUGCGUCUGGGGAUGGGAGUGGGAGUGGAAGUGGUGGGAAGAAGAGGGAUAGGGGGGUUUCUAGUAGUGGGGGCACUACUGCGACUCCGAUUGUUAUUACCAGUUCGCCGGAGGAUGUGCUUCAUGAUCCUGGGGGGUUGCUUGCUUCGUGUGAUAAUGGUGAUGGUGAUGAUAAUGUGUAUGAUCAGAAUGAAGAAGGGGAGGGACGAGGUGAGAAGAAUGACAAUAGGGAUAAUAGGGAGGAAGGUUGGGUGUAA